UUAGUCGCGUGUUAAAAUUAAUAUAACGAUGACAGUACUGGUUCGUUUAUAUUUAGUGACGUUUUUGUGUUUGUGGACAAUUGUCGUAAUCCAAGGGACUGAUGUUGAUAAAUGCUCGAAGGGAAAAGGACCACUGCCCGCAUCAGUGGAAUUAGUUGGGUGCGAGAAACCAAGAUGCAAGCUCCGUCGGGGUCAAAUCGCUACUUUGAACCUAAAGUUCAACGCCCCUCACGCCAUCCGACACAUGCACACGAAGGCCUCAGCCAAAGCGUACUUGGCCCUGUUCUUCCCAGUGACUUACAAACUAGAACUCGGGGACAUGGAGAAGACUUGCCGAUUCCUCACUAACACAAAAUGUCCUAUACCGUCCGGUCAAGAAGUGCACUUUUCACUAGAGAUCCUAAUAGAAGAUGACUUUCCUAAGAAUCAACAAUUGACAGUCGAGUUCAUCAUAGAAGACCAGGACAACAGACCUCUUAUUUGUGCCGAGCUGCCAAUUGUAAUUGUAUAGCUUAGAAAUUAUAUUGCAAUAAUAAA